GCUUGCAGUGUUGCUUUCUCUUGUGCUCGUGUGGGAUAAAUUAGCCCUGCUAAACUGCAGAAGACAAGAACUAUGUCAUAAUUUUACGUUACCAUUUAGUUUAUUUAACACUGAUAACGAGCACAGAAUAUACUGAAUGACUGUCGUAAAACAUUAUUGAAACUAUCCAGUUUCAAUCACUAUCCAGUCUAUGGUUAAGACGUGCAUGUUGACGCUCAAGACCUGUAAGUUAAGCCUUACAGCACGACAUUUUAAAGUUCGACCAAAGUCAUUUGAUUUUGGACACAUAUCUCUGUGGAGAAGGAAGGACACAUGAUGCUGAGCGCUUUCAGGCUGACAGUGAGAGUGUCUUCAGCGGUUCACAGAGCCUGUCAGUGUCCAGCUAGAGCUCUGCACUCGAGCCCUGAGCUCUGGGCAGGACACAACAAAUGGUCCAAAGUGAAGGACAUUAAAAUACCCAAAGAUGCUGCUCGUGCCCGUAUGAUUGCUAAGUUCACCAUGAUGAUUAGGAUUGCAGUCAGAGAUGGAGGACCCAAACCAGAAUUUAAUGUUGCAUUGGCACAGCUUCUAGAGCAAUGUCGAAACAAGAAUCUUCCGAAAGCCACCAUAGAAGGAGCUAUAAAAGGAGCUAAGUCAAAACCAGGAGUACAGAAUCUUUAUGAGGCCACAGGACCGGGCGGGUGCGCGCUACUCAUUGAGGUUUUGACUGACAACCACACACGAUCCUACAGGGAACUUAAACACAUUAUGAAGAAACAUGGCGGGGCGCUGAGUGAUGGAGCGGGCCGUAACUUUGACAGGAAAGGUAUUGUGGCAGCCUCCAGAGAUGGGAUCUCCUCUGAGAAAGCUCUAGAACUGGCCAUUGAGGCAGGAGCUGAAGAUGUGCAGGAGACGGAGGAUGAGGAGGAGAUACCCAUACUACAGUUUGUCUGUGACCUGACGUCUAUGAAGGCUGUGCGGGAAGCUCUAGAAAGUCUGGGCAUUCACACACUGUCAGCCGGACUGGAGUUUGUUCCUCACACCCCCUCUCUCCUGACUCAGACUCAGCUUGAGACAGCGUUCACCCUGCUGGAGGCUGUCAAUGACCACCCUGAUGUGGUCCGGGUAUGGGAUAACAUCCACAUACAGAACUAGUGUUCACCCUACUCUGUUCGUCACAGAUAGAUGGACUAAUUAAUGCUCUACAUGCCUUAAGAGCAACUGGAAAGAAGGACCUGCUCGGCCAAAUGUGAUUGGACUUUACUUGGAUUUAUUGUGUGAUGAUUAAAUGCUUGAUUGACCUUGUUGAUAUAUCUUCAUCAUGGCAAUAAAGAAGAGAAAUUAGUCAUGUG